AUGGGAGGCAGAGGCAGUAACAAAAGGCAUAAAGGCAAAGCUGGUUCGAUCGAAACAGAUAGGGCAGAAGAAUCAGUUUUGAAGGUUGAGUCAACCAAAAUAUCAUCUGUGGCCCGAUUUAAAUCAGCAAAAGUUUCAUCCGUGGUCCAAGGGCCUAAAUCGACCAAAGGUGAUAAACAACAAAGUCAGCAAGAUGAAGAGGCUAUAUCGCCUAGAAAAAAACUAAAAGCUUUACGCUAUGCUGAUGAAGAACAAUCUGAUGAUCCCUUGUCAUCUGUGAAUAAACAAUCUUUCGCUGAUGCUCCGCAACAGGAUGAUAAAAUAUUAUAUACAUCUUAUAUAUCCCAAGAGUCCCUUCAUUCAGAAUCUCACAGUGCUUUCUCUACGAACCUGGAUGAAGAAGGAUUUACUGAAAAUUUUUCUGUAGAAAGCUCAAAUUCUGCAGAAAAAAAUUUAACAACCAAAGAUUUUAAUUACA